GAGCAGGGAUAGUGGAUGUAAAAGAUUAGCUAGGCCCUCUAGCGGGUCCAUCCCGGCUUCAGUGUGAGGUUAUUUUAACCGUGUUUUGAGGCACAGGUGCACUUUCAUAAGGUGUUUUAAACAGGGUCUCAGCCAAUCAGAAGUGCAGUCUCUUCCUCGCUUUAAGACACCCUCCUCCCUUCCCUGUUGUUGACGUACUGCCGACCCAUUUCUUGAUUUUUCUCACCCCUCCCCAGGAGCUGCCACAUGACCUGUCAAGUAGGAAGUGUUGAAGCUAGCGAGCAGCAGCAGGAACAGCGGCGGCACGAAACGCAACACAGAGGGGUAGCUGUGAAAUCUCCCGAGUCUCGUUCUCGACGCUUCUCUCAAGAUACGUUUACCCCCUCUCCACCCCUGUUGAAGCAGGCUCAGCAAUAAGUUGUCCGCAGUCAUGUACGUGAAGGUGGUGUUUUUCGCGGUGGCUCUGGCUCUGAUUGGCGCGGCGGUCGCGGCAGACUCAGAUGGAUGUUCCGAGCUAACUUCAUGUGAUAAAUGUGUGGAAGUCGCUGAAUGCCACUGGGGUAAUUGCUCAUCAAUUUUUAGCUGUUACAAUGGGACUCUAAAAGGAAAUGACUCCUGCAUCAACGCCAGCUGCUCCGAGAAUGGAACCAUUACUACUACUCCUACUGCUACCCCCAAUCCACCAACGACACACUCAAACUCCUCGAGUACUUCUUCAACUGUAACUGUCACAACAGUCAGCCCGACAACCGCCCCUCACAAGAACUCGACCUUUGAUGCCGCAAGCUUCAUCGGUGGGAUAGUGCUGGUCCUGGGGCUGCAAGCCGUCAUCUUCUUCCUCUACAAAUUCUGCAAGUCCAAGGACCGCAACUACCACACCCUUUGAAAAGUUCGCACUUGACCUAUCCUCGCCAACUAGACCCUUUCAGAGAAAGCUCCCUGAUCAGCACACACUCAUCCAUGUGGUCUCAAACAGUGUUUUCAAGCAGGUUAAUUUUGUAAUCAAUCAUCUUUGUGGCACUUGUGAUUCUAGCCUCCCUUAGUGCUGCUGUUGUAGUCACUAUAGAGGAACCCACGCAUGCCCGUAUGUGUGAUAAAUCAACAGCCAAACAGAUCCUCAGUGACGAGGCAUUCAGGCCUUGAGCAUAUGGAUUACAUCAUCUGGUAGCUGCUCCCACCUCCAUCAUGCAGUUACUCAUUUCUGCAAAGACCAUUUCCCAGUGAAUCUGAAAGGAAGGGGGGUUGUGUUAUUUACAGCCUUCCUUCUCAUACCUUCGUCAGUUAAAUAGGCCACAUAAGAGUUAAAAGAAUUAUCCAUGUAUACAAAGCGGCUCAGGAGUCGUACAGCUACAGAGGUCACGUUGAUUUGGAAACACUGUUUGAGAUCACAACUGCUCUUUAACACGACGACUUUGAUGAUUCAGUUUUGCUUUUGCCCUGUUAAAUUGUGGUUUCCUCCCCUCUGUGCAGCUGUAUUAUGUAUAUUUGUUCAUAGAUGAUGUAAAAGAGGCGGGGAUUCUUUUUUUUUUUUUUUUUUUUUUUUUUU